AUGAAUAUUACAGAAUAUUUUCACUAUCCCACCAAAAAGACCAAGGAGUCCAGUGAAUUACGAAAGAAUACCACUGCGAAAUAUGGUGAUAUUGCCACGUUGCUACUAUUGGUGAUAAUUAUAUCUAUUCCUAUUUAUAACUACUUAGUCAUUCAUAAUUUUCACCAACGUUUUAAAUCCAAUUUUAUUAGAUCAUUCAAUCUGAAAUUAGAUCAUUAUAUACUGCAUGAACAUCAUCCGAAUUGUCGAACAGCAAGUUGGAGAGAUAGACUACUAACCAACGUGGCACAAGUUCUCAAGAGAAUAGUAUUUAACAUAACUUUGCAUUCAUCAACUAUUAUACAGUUAUUAUUUUGGACAGCAUUUUUGGGGACAUUAUCACUUAUAGAUAUUAAUAAUGGGGAUUUGAUAUAUUUGGCAAAAAGAGUGGGCAGACUUCCUGUGAAUUGUUUGCCAGCGGUUUUAUUCUUAACAUUAAGACCAAGUCCUUUGCCAAACACGUUAUACUUGACAUUGAUCCCGAUUCACAAAUGGUUAUCUAGAUUGAUUAUCAUCCAGAGUAUUAUUCACACCGUGUUGUACAUUGGAUACUAUGAUUUUAAAAAUACGAUGGAUAAAGCUUGGAAAUUGGAGAAUGUGUACGGUUGGAUUGCAUUAGCUGGUUUUUUGAUUAUCAUAAUCACAUCACUAUCAGGAAUGAGAAAACGUUGGUACAGAUUAUUCUAUUCCAUGCAUUAUAUUUGGACUUGGAUCAUUGUUGGUUGUCUUCAGUUCCAUGUUCGACCACAACCAUAUACAAUCUAUACCAUAGUUAAUGUCACCAUAUUAUUAGGACAAAUUGGAUACAGAUUAUAUUUGACAAGAGUCUCUUUUAAAGGAGAAGUGAAAGUGAUUGAUGUGUCACCUAAUUUAUCCAUGAUUGAGAUUCCUAAUAAAUUAAUUGCACAAGUUGCUCAUGCACCUGGUGCUCAUAUAAGACUAACAAAUUACAGCUCAAAUUUUUUUGUUAGAACAUUCAAACAACUCAUUCCAAACUAUCACCCAUACACGUUAGUUUCGUUCCCAAAUGACAAACUACAACGGUUGAUUAUUAGAAAGAGUAAUUUUAAGUUAUACAACAAUAGAAGAUAUUUGAUUGUCGGCAGUUAUGAUCCACACUUGUUGUUCAUUCAAUCACUCCCUUCUCCAAAAUUUUCGUUAAGUAAGUUGAAGAUUAACGCAAAACGGUUGUUGAUUGUUAUUGGUGGAUCUGCCAUUUCUUUUGCAUUACCGAUUUUGAGAGUAAUGAACUAUCAUGGGAUACCAACAAAGAUCAUUUGGGUCAUUAAAGAUUUCCGUGAUGUUCUCAUUUUGCAAUAUUUCGAUGGAUUCAUCCAUGGUGAUGAUUUUGAAAUUUUCAUCACCGGAGAAACGUUAAUCAAAGAGCAGUCGAAGACGUUACGUAAUGAAAUCAGCUACGCUUCCAAUAUGAGCAAGCACUCCCAUUUGUCUAGUCAUUUUGAUUUGGAGCGAGACGAAACCACACCAUUACUUGGAAACAGCAAUGAACCACAAAUAACAUUGAAUCUUGAAAAUCAAAUAGAAAAUGUUGAUAUCAGUAUGAACAGUGACGAUGAAGACGAUAGUGGUUCUGAUUGUACACGUAGUGCUACUCCAGGUCCUGCUUGCGAGGAUUUAGUUCAAAUAGAUGAUGUUACUGCUGAUGAUAGUUUUAGUGAUGAUAUGGGUGGUGAAUAUGAAGAGUCUGUUGAUGAAUUUGAAGUCACCAACGAUAAUCUAAACGAGCAAUCUAGCAGGUCAAGAAGUGUUUCUCGUAAAUCAAGUGUUAAUGAACCUUUUAUUCCAUACUAUUUACUGUCUUCAUCUCAACAAACAAAAUCAUGGGUUCAACAAUAUAAACGGUUGAUCAGGAAAUUGAAUUUGGAGAAUAAGAUAUACAAAGGAAGACCAAAAUUGAGUUACCGAUAUUAUAAUUGGUGUAUCAAUGAAGGGUUUACACAAUGUUCAGGUCCAGUUGAAGAUGAAAAUCAUAAUUUAAUCUGUUGUCGUGAUUUGCCAAGAAACAAAGUUGUCCAAGAAGAUGUUAAAGCUGAAAAGAUUUGGGUUAUUUCUGCCGGUCCGACUCCGUUAGUGGAAAAUGUUAAAUUAUGGGCCAGUGAAUAUGGGUUGAAAUUUCACGAGGAAGCUUUCUAUAGUUAA